AUGCGCAGCGCCGCUCUCUCAUCGCUGUCGCAAACACUGCUUCUGCUCUCCAUCUCGUCGUCCGCGCCGGUUAUCGUCGUCGCCGAUGGCACCGUAUGGGCCACUCCCCACGACAGUUACUCGUCGUCCGUCGGCGUGCUCGGCUGCAAGAUCAACACUGACCGCGUCGCCUACUGGCCCGGCUCUGUCGACUGCGACAACCUCUGCCUGUCCCUGACCUACGACGACGGCACCGACCGCCGCACCGUCAAGCUCCUGCGCGUCGACCAGUCCCAGGGCGCCUACGAUGUCAGCUACGACGCCUGGAACUACCUCUACACCGGCAAGUCUGCCAAGAAGGCCCCCGUCGCCGGUGGUCCGCUGCCCAUGGAGUACAAGGAGCUGCCCGCCGACGAGUGCAAGGACCUGCUCCGGACCAAGGGCAAGCGGCUGCCCCUCAGCGCCUCCAACAGCAUGAACUACCUCGCCAGCUGCCUCGGACAGCCCGACAGCUGGGUCGCCCGGAACUACGCCCUCUACAACACCCUCGACUCGAUAUGCUCCUGGGGUUACGACGAGGAGUGCGAAAUCGACUGGCCCGCCGCGAACCAGCCCACCUGCAAGCACGCCCUCGGCAUACCCAUCGAGCUGAAGGACGCGCCCGUCUACAACGUCCAGUACCCCUCGGGCGAUGUCGUUGUCGCCUCCACUGGCGAGAAGGUCUCCACCCCGAGCGAGAGCACGAGUCUGGCCGCCCCAACCCCGACACAGAAUGGCGCCCCAGGCCGCAGAGUCAUGACCCUGUUGAUGGCCGGGUCCCUGCUAUGGACGUGUCUGAUGCUGAGUUCGUGUUGA